ACUCGAUCUGUAUCACUACUCGUGCUGUAACAACAUUCAAAGCAACACAGUUCAAGAAGAAGAGCCAGACUCGCUAAGCUCAGGAUUUACAAGGCUAAGUUGUCUGGUCUGGGGUAGUCAAACUGUUCUGGCAACAAGAGCUGAUAAGAUGUGGAAAGAGUUGACGAAAAACCAGCUAGUCAAGUACGGCGCUGUGACCACAGUGACAACCAUAUGUAAGUCACAGCUCUACUGCUUUGCAAGUUAUCUUGAUGUAUUGUGUGUGGGUCUCAGACCUCGUUUCAAUUACUUUUACAGUUUUCUAUAAUGGUAAUAUUGUUCUAACAUUUCUACAUGGGAAUAUAUGCUAGGGGAAUAGUAGCCUAAUUUCAACAAAGGUUAACACUACUAAACCACCAACAGAGUAUAUUGUAUUUCAAAACUGACUGCAUGAAGUAUGUUGUGCCAUGUUGUGACAUACAGGAUGUAAAAGUCUUCAGAUUGUACAUGUUUCUUGACUUACAUGAAAAUCAACAGAAUCACUGAAGCAUGACUGACCGUGGUAUGUGGUAAUGCUUGAUUGUAGUGUCUAUUUAAGGUUUGUGAUUUGUAACGUGUUCACUCCCUGUAGCUCCAAGAUCCUGAUGUAUACUGUUAUGUGUGUAAAGGCUUUACAAUUGCACAUACAGCAUAUGCUACCUUUUCAAUGAAGUAUGUUAACAAUUCCUACUUCCAAAACAAAGGAUAUUUUACGCAGACUUGAAAAAUGUUAAGCCAGGAUUAAAUCUUGUUUGGUUGAGAGAUUUUAAUUGUGGUAGAUUAGGGCUUGUGAAAUUCCUCCCAUAUGGAACCAGUCCAGUGUCUUUUGAACUGUUGUCUUAACAGCACUUCUCUAUUGGACUGUAACUGUGUGUCGACCCCAUACUUUUUUUUGCCCUCGGUUGCUCUAUCUUUCCCUGUCCAUGGAUUGAUCACAUUGGUGCUCCAAAAUAAGGAUGUUUACUCUUCCACAUGUUCCACAUAUAGUCCCAGGAUUAAAAGUGACGAGUAGCAAAAGCAUUGUGGGCCAAUGUGACCAAUGACCAUGCUUUCUAUUCCCAUGAGAGAGGUGGCCGUCCUGUCAGUUCUUACACAAUCAACAGGUAGGGUGCCUCUAGUGGAAGGUACAUAGGUCAACAUAAAAAGAAGUAAGAGUGAUAUUUUGGCUCAGUGGCGUUUGUCUCCAAACCAGGCUAUGUUUUACUGCGAAAGUGGAUCGCUGGUGGGGUAUGCCGCAGCCAUGCCAAACUGCAUGGAAGGACUGUGGUGAUCACUGGUGCCAACACUGGCAUCGGCAAGGAGACGGCCUGGGAUAUGGCCAUGAGAGGUACAGUAGGCAUGUGGCACUUCUCUAUUGGACUGUACUGUAACUGUUUUGUGAUUUACAUUACCUUUCAUGGGAUGUCCCUUUUGGACACGAACAAGUUCCAAUGCAAUCUGAGAAAAAUUGGGAUUUAAGGGCAACUGUGGGGGCUUUUCAAUGGAAGUCCUGAGUAUAGGAGGCUUAGCGAUGGGGUGUGAUAGAUUGUUGAUGUUGUUUAGCUGAUGAUAGGGCUGAUCCUAUAUAUUCUAUUCGAGGGGAAUGUGAUGAGGGUGUUCUCAGACUGACGGUAUUCUGUGUUCUCAGGAGCUCGGGUGAUCAUGGCUUGCCGAGACCUCACCAGGGGAGAAGCAGCUGCAGCAGAGAUCCGCAGUUCCACAGGAAAUACUAACGUGGUGGUGCAACAACUAGACCUGGCCUCCCUCGGGUCAGUACGUCAGUUUGCUCGGGAAUUCAUUGCCACAGAGACCCGUCUGGACAUACUUAUCAACAACGCAGGUGAGACUGAUGCUUUUACCCAACAUGCUUUGAGAGCCUGAAAUGUGUUGAUGUUGUCAUUGAAGAUCCUCCUUAAUCUGGAUAUGCUUUGAACUAUAGCAUGUUUUUGGUUGGCAAAGUUGUGGGCUUGAUCUUUUUAAAAUCCUCUCCCUCUACUCCUCACAGGUAUAAUGCUGUGUCCCAAAAGCCUCACAGUGGACGGUUUUGAGAGUCAAUUUGCCGUCAAUCACCUAGGUCACUUCCUAUUGACCAAUCUGCUCCUGGACAUGCUGAAAGCCUCAACCCCCAGCCGCGUCAUCAAUGUGUCUAGCAUCGCUCAUCAAGGCGGUAAGCCCAUCCUGACCAGAUAUUAUUAUUAUUAUAAUCAAUUGAGUUAUAGCUUUAUCUGGCUCUACCUCGUCUUCUUUCAGGGAAAAUCCACUUUGAAGACCUUAAUUUUGAUAAGAAGGGGUACAACUCAGUAAUCGCCUAUAAGCAGAGCAAACUGGCCAACCUCCUCUUCUCCAGGGAGCUGGCACGAAGGACCAAAGGUGACGGGUUGCCUUAUUAUAGCUCUAUUACUCUAUUACUACUCAUAUACAUGUAGUUAGAAAUUAGACAAAUUCAAAUGAAUGAACCUAGUUAUGUGUAGGAAAUUAAGUAAUGUAACUAGGGGAUUUUUACAUUUCCACUGCAUAUCCUGUUCAAUGGCUAAAUGUACUGUAAUGGUAAUGGACCCCAGCUCUUUAAAUGGAAAUACAUUACCAAUGGGCCAUACCUUUGUUCGGGGUCAGAAAAUAGAUGCUUCAACACACAGGUCUACAUUUAUUGGUUAACAAUCAAGUUGGAUUUUACCAUAGUUAUGGAUGGAUUUUACCUUUUGAGGCCUUUGUCACAGAGUAUUCAUCAAGUAUCAUGGAGUUAACCAUAAAGAUAAUCUGACCUUUGCAAUUACAGUAUUUCAGGAUUCUUGACCUAUUAAUGAUGUUGUGUCGUCCCCCCCCCCCCCCCCCCCCCCCCCCCACUCCCCCUCCCCAUCAGUAGCAGUCUUAGUAUGCACAACAAAAAUUAUACAAACAAAUAAUGUUGCUUCAAAAUCAGGUUAUAACUGGUGUACAGUACAGCGCUCCCUGCCACACGACGUCUCUGAAUGUCCACAUUCUAAGGUUAGUGGCCCCAUCCCUACACUCACGCCAUCAGGUACUGGAGUGACGUCAUAUUCCCUGCACCCUGGGGUUAUCCGGACAGAGCUGUGGCGCCACUCGCAGUCAAAGUACCCCACGCUGAGUGCCAUGCUGUCAGCCCCCGCCUGGCUCCUGAUGAAGAACCCCAAGGAGGGGGCCCAGACCACCAUCUACUGCGCCGUCACUGAGGGGCUGGAGGAGAAGAGUGGCUGCUACUUCAGGUACCACUUUGAGUUUAGCAUCCCUGUAUGUAGAGUGAAUUAACCUGAAUCAGUCUCUCUGUGUGUGUGUGUGUGUGUGUAUUUGUGUGUUAAUUGGAGGGGGAUGAUUUACAUUUACAGUGGGAGUGUAUUUUGUGUGUGCAUGGAAUGGUUAAGUAUCCCAUCAAGAGCAUGUUUGUACGAUGUGGUGUUUAUUCUGAGUGUAGACAAAAUAAAUAGCUAGGUGUUUAAGUGAGCUUUAAGUUAACAUGUGCUUGUUUCUCAGUGACUGUCAGGAGAAGGAGCCAGCUCCUGAGGGGAGAGAUGAUCUUGCAGCACUGAGACUAUGGGGCGUUAGCGCCGGGCUAGUAGGACUCAAUAAGAACAACUGA